AUGGCCUGGGGGUGUUCAAAAACCCAGGGCGGCAGCUGGAGCUGGCAGUCUCCUCGGCAACCUGCUCCCACACUCCAGACCCAAGAUGGACAAAAUAUUGGAAUCAAGCACAUUCCUGCAACCCAGUGUGGCAUCUGGGUUCGAACCAGCAACAGAGGUCAUUUUGCUUCACCAAAUUAUCCUGACUCAUAUCCACCAAACAAGGAAUGCAUCUACAUUUUGGAAGCUGCUCCACGUCAAAGAAUAGAGUUGACCUUUGAUAAACAUUAUUAUAUAGAACCAUCAUUUGAAUGUCGGUUUGAUCACUUGGGAGUUCAAGAUGGGCCAUUUGGUUUCUCUCCACUUAUAGAUUGUUACUGUGGUGUGAAAAGCCCUCCAUUAAUUAGAUCAACAGGGAGAUUCACGUGGAUUAAGUUUAGUUCUGAUGAAGAACUUGAAGGACUGGGAUUUUGAGCAAAAUAUUCGUUUACUCCAGAUCCAGACUUUACUUACCGAGGUAUUUUAAAUCCCAUCCCAGAUUGCCAGUUUGAGCUGUCAGGAUCUGACAGAAUAGUGUGUUCUACUCAGGUAGAACAAGAGGAAAAAACAAAACCCAGCCAAGCAGUUGACUGCAUAUGGACGAUUAAAGCUACUCCAAAAGCUAAGUUGACGCUGACACUUCAGAGCCUGGACCGCCCCAGAGUGGACCUGCCCUCCAUUCAGGAGACUCUGUCCAGGACGCUCCAGACUGCGGCACCCAGAGCUGAGAACCGGCUCCUCGGGACAGUUCCCACACCGCAGUGCCUCUGGCGAGGAGACAGCGCCGCCGAGAGUCCAGAGCUCAGGACCCUGCCUCUGGCUGGGCUGCGGCUGCGAGGUUGCCGGGUGGCAGCAGCGGAGCUGUCCGUGGGGCUGUGA